UUGUCUGCAGUGCGCCGCCGACACGCUUGCCGGGUGCCACCAGCACACAGCGCCGACGUCGCGACCCUUCCAGCCGUCAUGGCCGCGCCGAACAAAACGGAGGAUGUGUCCAAGCUGCGGUACACAGACCUUUACCCUUUCCGGGACGACUCCGGGCCGACACGAGAGUUCCUGCAACGCGUCUUCGACAUUCUGUGGGCCUACGUCGACAAGCAACAGGACCGCUCAAGCAAGAUACUCGAGUUCCACAUGCCCGAGGAGCUGAUAAAUAUCUUAGACCUCGAGCUGCCCGACGAGUCGCAGCCGCUGCAGCGCGUGCUGGCCGAUUGCGCCGAAGCGCUCAAGCACCAAGUGCGCACAGGUCACCCGCACUUCUUCAACCAGCUGUCAAGUGGCCUGGACAUUAUCUCCUUGGCGGGCGAGUGGCUCACUGCUGCAGCCAACACUAACAUGUUCACGUACGAGAUCGCACCGGUGUUCAUCCUCAUGGAGAACGUGGUGAUGAAGAAGAUGCGAGAUCUCAUCGGCUACACCAACGGCGACAGCAUCCUGGCACCCGGCGGCUCGGUGUCCAACCUGUACGCUGUGAUGGCGGCGCGGCACAAGAUGUUCCCCAACUACAAGACCAUGGGCCUCAAGGCGCUGCCACAGCUCGUCAUGUACACUUCAGAAGACAGCCACUACUCCGUGAAGGGUGCUGGAGCAGCCAUCGGCCUCGGCACGGACAACGUGGUCUCCAUACCCGUCGACAAGAGCGGGCGCAUGAUGGUGGACGUCCUGGAGAAGGAGAUCCAGGCGUCCAAGGCCCGCGGCCACGUGCCGUUCUUUGUCAACUGCACUGCCGGCUCGACGGUGAUUGGCGCCUUCGACCCCAUACACCCGAUCGCCGACAUCUGCCAGCGGCACGGGCUUUGGCUCCACGUAGACGCUGCCUGGGGUGGAGGCUGCCUCCUCUCUAAGAAACACCGGCAUCUUUUGGACGGCGUUGAACGAUCCGACUCGGUGACAUGGAAUCCUCACAAGCUAAUGGGAACACACUUGCAAUGUUCCACGAUACAUCUGAAGGAGGACGGCCUCUUGCUCAGCUGCAAUCAGAUGUGCGCCGAGUACCUGUUCCAACAGGACAAACAUUACGACGUGUCCUUCGACACGGGCGACAAGGUGCCCCAGUGCGGACGCCACAACGACAUAUUCAAGCUGUGGCUCAUGUGGAGGGCCAAGGGGACCGCGGGUUUCGAACGUCAAAUAGACCACCUUUUUGACAUGUCCAACUACCUCGUGCAGAAGAUCAAGGAUAGGCCAGAUAUGUUCCAUCUACUACUCGAGCCGGAGCUAGUGAACGUGUGCUUCUGGUACAUUCCCAAGAGGCUUCGCGGAAAGCCCCACAGCAGGGAGAAGGAGCAGGAGCUGGGAGUGGUGACAGCGCACUUGAAGGCGCGGAUGAUGAACACCGGGACGCUGAUGAUCACCUACCAGCCCAUCUGGGACAAGCCGAACUUCUUCCGAAACAUCGUUUCCAACGCGGGCGUGCGACGAGAAGACAUCGACUUCCUCGUCGAUGAGCUAGACCGCCUCGGCCACGACCUGUAGGACGCUUUCCUCCGACGAGCGUCUUCCACGCCACAUCCCCUGUUUCCCAGCGGCCCCGCCACUGUCCUUCGGAGUUGGCCAGACCGAACCGAGCUGCUGUGAGGCCCCGCUAGUUAGGAAAAACAAUCGCUGAUAUACGGCCAGGCAUGGUAGUUGACGACGUGAUGUUGACCCAGCGGGAAAAAAACAUCGCCGAGUUGUUCGAUAUAUUUUUUUUUCUUUUUCGUUUUCGAUAACAAGCCAUCGAUUGAUGGCGGUGCUCUUGUUACACGGUGAAGGUGUUGAUCAAGCAGAAGCCGGUCUAACCUAGAGCGUUGUUCGUUCGUUGGGCAAAACGCAUACGAGGGCUCGAAUUUCGUGAGAAAUCUGCUUAUCCUUUGGUUUUAGAAGAGUUGUUUGAUGUCGGCUUCUCUUGCUACGUGCGCGUGGCACUGUUAGUUAGCCGACCUUGUUAAGGCUCAGAAAGGAGAACUCAUCUGGGGCUUUCUUUCUGCUCCUACGUAACCGGGACGGUAUUCUGCUCUGUGAAUGUGUUAUAGAUAUAUGCAACACACAACAUUUGGCGAGCUCUACGCUGUAUAAUUAAAAAAGAAAAGAAAAAAAGGAACUAAGAGUAAGAAAAGCCGGACAACAAUCUCCAGCGAUAAAAUUGAGCAUAUUACAGGACGUAAAAUCGCAGCUUGUGAUUGUGCGUUCUAUAGUAUCAGGGAAAGGUCCGGGUAAGUCGAGAACCCAGCUGAAGCUUUCUUCUGCUAUAAGCGUGGGUUGCAGUGCAGCCACUCUGAUUGGCUGUCGUCUUUCCUUAUAACUUAUCGGUUGUGGCAUUGCUAGUGGACUAAUAAGUUUUCCUGCCACAGUGCCUAUUUAUUUCGCGCACAUGUUCCACAGAGGGGUGAAAUCUUGUGGCGGGUUUAGUGACGGUGUACCGGCCUGUUUAUUUAAACAGGUCAUACGGUAUAGAACGAUAUGUAGAAUUUUGCUGUGUUAUAAGCGACGUGCUAUGGACUGCUAAGCGAGCCAGAUAAUAACAGUUGCUGAUGUUUUCUGUCUUAUGCACCGCAUUCCCUCAGCGAUAGCCGGUGCCACGGUUCAUCGCUGUAGUUAGCCCUAUAAAUUCGGUCAGGCCUAUCUGAAUAUUUAAAAUCUUCGCGCGUAUCCGCAUACAUUUAGGCUUACUUUAAGGAAAUCGUACAAUCUUCGUAAUAUGCGAGCUUCUGUACGAUGCCCACCGCCAUAUGUGAUCAUCGCGUGAAAUAUUAGCCUUUAACAAGCCGGAAGUGAGGAAAGAAGAAUCUGCGCUUCUUUGCUUUAGCGGUGCCACACUCGUUAUACGUACACACUGCGUUGGAAACUGUAUUUCAUAAUCCCUGCUUUUACAGCUACCUGUGCAUUGUAUUCCUUCCCCAGAUUUUUUUUUUUUUUUCAGGACUGGCUCUUGUCCAGAAAACUAUUUUCUUGGAGAACUCGUUUCUUGGUUCGCUUAUAGCAAAAGACGUGUGACGCUCUAUUACGUGACAACAAUAAGCGAUGUUAGGGGGUUUCGAUGAAUACAAUUAGACAAGAAAAUACAUAAUCGAAUUAACACUGCAUAAAACAAACAUCUGGCACUUACAUGCAUAUAAAAAAUGAUAAUGAGCAAAAUUUUACGCAAGAAACCGGUUUUGCUGCCUACAUCCACUGCUUAUAUGUGAUGAAGCGCAUACUUAAUUAUAAAUUCUGGUACUAAAUCUACUUCCCAAAACCUGCAAGAUGUAAACAAUGGCAUAAUGUAAAAUUGAUUACGUAAUAGCACAACGAUCAAUGUUCAUGUCAAAAGUAUUCUCCUGUGGCAACCUACAAAAAACGAAUGUUUUACCAACAUCUGCACGUCCAUGUCUUCUGCUAUUUUUGGUGUAAACAAACCAAGCAAUAGAAAGCAUGAGAUAUAUCUGAUUUAAAUUACUGCUGAUAUUUUUAACGGCGACCAAUCCAGCAACCACUAAAAUGUGAAAUAGCAGCUUGACUGAAAGAACGUUCGUAGAACGUCAGUCAGCCAAAGAAUCUUGCCUUUCCUAAACUAUAUCUGCGUGGCGGCAGGCUCUCAGACAGUAGCGUUCUCGAUUCUCGAAGAGCCAGGAAACAAAGGAAACUCGGAGGAACUAAGAAUAUACGCUUGACAUAAGACUUCCCUUGCCUAGAAAAAAAAAGCAAAAAAAGAUCGAUAAAUUGACACCAUGCACUGUCUCUGCGUUUUCCAAUCGCAAGAUAACAGAUGCAUAAAUAUAUGUAUACAUAUGUGUAUAGCGUGUACAUCGUGUUCCUGUUGCGGUUGAAGUAGCGUUGCCACGUGCCGUACGCUCGUUGAGUUUCACAUGAACCGUGUUGCGUUGAAUCGCCAUGAGUUGUAGGUGAGAAAAGUGAGGAGUGUUUCUUCUUCACUAUCGCCGUUGCUGUUGUUGAUUUUCCGCGAGUCGUUCGCGGACGAAUAUAGACCAUCCCCGCAGCACGUGCAUGGUGGCGUCGUCGAUCAGCACGAACACGUCGCGUCGUGUGACCAGUUCGGAAAUUCGACGAUGACGCACCGCGCGGCUUUUCGACGUGCCAAAGCAGCAAAAUCCCAAGUCUUCCAGGAGCAGGUCGCGGGAGCUUUGAGCGGGCAGGCCAGCUGGGCCUAACUGCGCAGUGUCAGCUAAGCCUAUGUCCGCCAUCUUUGUCCCAGGCCUCCCUAACACGUGCCAAUCGUGCGCUCUGUAUGUGUGUGUAGAUGAAUAUCGUCUCGUCACCAGGACGACGGGACGGUCGGUAUAAGCAGAAGAGAACGAUAGCAAAGUUAUAUCACGUUGAACGUUUACAGAGUCUAUAUGAUCCAGUUGUUUCGCGUUUAACGGUUGAAAUGUGGCGAUGGAAACUUCCCUGGCACACGAAGACCCAAUGUCACAGUACGUGCUCUCCAUUCGAUCAAAACUUCCCCCAGUCCCUUCCCGAACGAGGUCAGCCGUGCUUACAGAGACAUUCAUCCUACGGUUUGUUCCUGUGCACAAGUUGAAGUCAUAAUAUCCCGUAGGUUGUGGUUUCUUUAGACAGGUUCACAUAAUUUUGAUGCUAUAGGUACACAGGUGCUACUAUUCUAAGUAAUGAUGCUUAGCUUCCUUCCCAGUUUGCAGUGAUAUCGAAGAAUUCAUCUUUGCUUUGGGUGUAUCUCAUCCUGAGAGUUGACUGCCACUCGACUGCGCUACUUUAUGUAGACCUUCAAAAGUAUUAGCGCGCAAUCUGUUUUCAAAUGAGACAACACGCAAACAUCGUACUUUCAGAUGGGCUACACAUUUUCAUUGUGUCGUUUUCAUCAUGUUAGCGACUUAUAGGGACUGCCUGAAGAAACAUUUAGCUAAAGAUCAUUCCGACUGAUCAGGAAACGCCAAUGAUAUGCGCGUCAAAUCAUAACAUUGUUGUUACUUAGUGCCCGUCCGUAAUUAGCAGUCGCUCAUUCGAACAAAAACAGACCACAUCGGAAGGAUGUUUAUCGCGAUCAUAAACCCGCAAAAGUGUGCGGGUGACACGACUCACUCACCUGUUGCGCUUCUGGGAUGCACGUAAGCCUUAAUGUAGUACAAAGCAGCAACCCAGAGUUUUCCCUUGAUGCAUUGCGUAAUGCGCCGCGGCAGCGAACCGCGUGUGUGAACGGUAAACACUGUGGCAUUAAAUAGGUGCUUUCAGCCGCAGUCCUCUCUUCUUGUCAUUCCAAGCACUCCAUUUCAUAAAGACAAUGAGUUUGUGCGUGGUAAAUGGCGAAUGUUUUGUGCUUCCAUAUCAGUUAACCUCGAUUCUCCUGUGACGUAAGAUGGAAGUUGUUGAUCGGCGUGCCUCAGUGCAACAGAAACAAUGCUGCUGCAGAAAAUCCUUGCACCUUGUCUCGAAACCUGCAGAUUUCCAAAUCUCACCAGUAGCAGUGUAUAAAGCCACUCUAAGAGUAUUUCUCGUUUGCACAAAAUAUGCUUGUAGAAUCCACCUGGAAUUUCAUCGCUGCCAAGUAUACCGAGUUCAGCAUUCACAUGUUUCAUUGAAAACAAAUAAGGUAAACACAAAAUUGAAAUUUAUCAUGUUCGCGGCAAGGCAGCCUGUUACAAUAAGACAGAGCGGAAAAUCCCCCGUCAGUGUAAAUAUUCACCACCCUUGUACGUCCCGUAUCAUGAUUCAACACAGUAUUAUUCGUGUCAGUACACGCUACACGUCUGUGAUGUCGCAAACGUGUCUUGCUUGCCGCAGUCCUUCCCGUUCUCUUUCCGCUGGCUUAGGAUUAGAGCUUCAGUGAGGUGAGUGAAUGCAGAUGCACCUGUUAUCGCUACAUUGACGUCGUUACGUCUUGUGCGUGAAAUCCAGACAUUCAUAAAGAGUAUAGAAGAGUGCACCUUUAUCGUGUAGUAAGCGCUAUGUACACGCAACCGAUACGGCUUGCCAGCACACCUCCCUGUUGGUACACACAAGGGGAAGCUUCUGAUCGCUUCAGUGCCCAGUGCCCCGGUGACUGCUCAAAGCUUCGCUUGUCCGCUCCCAUGUCCGUCAGUGUUUGUUCCACCAAGUGGACCUCAAAUUUGCUUGUUGGCGCGCCUGAAACUCCAAAGUUGAUCCGGGCGUCGUUGCUUACGAGCAGCGCUGGCUGACCCUUUCGAAAUUAUCUACAUAGAUGUCCGAAUCGGAGUGCAUGCGGAUACCUGUAAUCUGUGUUACCACGGCGUAGAGCCCCGCCUUGAAUGGCUUCUCUCUCGCCACGUCGCACUUUCACGAAGGCGGACUCCGGAGGCCGGUCAAUCGCGAUUCGUCUUUCGCCAUCGUUAAACGAAGGAGCAGCAAUGAUUUCAUGCACGUUCGCACCCCACCCCUCAGUGAUCGUGGACUAAAGAACGCGCUGUGGCCGCUGAAAACACUUCUCAGCCUGUGAAUGACAACACAAACAAUGGAAGGAAACAAAGUGGUGCAAAAGGUCACUUCCUCCGCGGUGCGUGCCACUCCUCUCAGUGUUCUAUGAACAGUGAGAAACGUCGCAGCCAUCUGAGAGAGUCGAGAGUGCAGCAUUCAUUUUUUAUAAACAUAUUGGGCCCUCUACUAACAGUUGCAAUCUUAAACACAGUAUAGUUUGGCGACCGUGUCACGGCCCCUAUAACGACGUAACCAAAUACUACAUUUUAAUAAGCCUUUCUACCUUGGAAAAGCAUAAAUUCAUGAGCAUAUAAUUUCAUGAGCAUAUUUUACUGUCCGAAAUAAGAACAGUUAAACACUCUCGACUCUUGUUUGUCUUCUUUGGCCGGAUGAAUUGACCCUUGAAGGUUUAGGAUGCCAGGACUGGGGGUGCGAACUUCCCGUGUCUCUAUAGACCAAAAGGCAGACCGCGCUGCGGUGGUCUGGUAGACAAAAUCGAUACCGCAUUCCCUAUACUACACUGGUCACGGUACUUCCUGUUCAUUUAACCGGCAGGUUAUGUCGCGCGUUAGAUUUCUCCGUGCGAAUGAGCAAGGCGUGCCAGCAGUUACUGAUAAGCUACCCGCAUUUUCUCUUAUUCAAACGCGCUCGAGAAGCGAUGACAAGGCAAGAAGUAGCGCUAAAUAAAAGUGAUACAGCUAUUCCGCUCAUCACGUCUGUGAUUAAAGGUAACUGUUUUCGCGCAGUUACUUUCUCCACAGCAGACGGAAAAGGAGACGACCUCAAAGAUUUCCGAUUCGCAUGCGUUAAUCUGCUGACUAUAAGAAUGCAGAAGCUGCCCACAGCAUUGGAAGCUCCUCACUGUUUGAGUGUAAAGGCAAACAGACGAUCCUAGAUUGCAGCUUUGAUUCGAGGUCCGCAAGCACAGAGGUAUUAUAAAGAAGAGCUGAGCAGUGGAGUUCCGAACGCAGCUCCUAGACCUAGCCUCCAUACGUCAAGCGUAUCAUGUUACAGCACGUGAUCUAACUCUGGCGUGCAAGAGAUAAAAGCACAAAGACAGUCACAGCAAGUGAAAAAGUCUUCGACGCACUCUGGCAAGCGAGAAAGCAAAGAGUCCGAAAUUUAUAAUGUGCAAAUACGCAGUUUAUGUCUUUAAGCUCGUCUGCUAGUCCAUCGAAAUGUGGGACAACCCACUCUAGUAAGUAUAAGUUCAGCGCAUAAACAAGCGGAAAUCCGGCAGAUCGUUUAUGGCGAAGGAAGCCAGAAAAACCAUGUGCCACCGUUGCGUUUCACUAGGCGUAGUGAUACAACGUGCAUCUCAAUAGAAGUAAGCUGUACAGUUUCCAUUUUGCCAGUAAGCGUGCUAACUCCGUGCUCUGGCCAUUGCUGUGCCCGUGAUGAGUAAUCUGUCUUUGAUUAUGCGAAGAAGGCACCGGACGAGUCUGGUUGACGUUUUAGUGUGCAGGCGCCAUCGCGUUUUCUUUUCAGUGGUCAGUCUCACGAGAGACUACAGAAUUCCUAUACGCGGCAACUCCGCGCACUACUUGGUCGCAAGCGCGACCUUAUGCGCACCUCGACCGGUUGGAGCAAAAUUUUUUCCUUCGGCGUCGCCCGUAAUACUUGCAUGGAAAGGUUACCCUCCCAAGCUGCAGACCUUAAAGAAAAGGUAAAAAAAGAAAGUGGGAGAGCUUUUACAAGACGUCAAAACACUGUUCGCAACGAAGCGGAAUUUCGUAUGAAAUUUUCGUUGACUGAAAAAUCACGUGUCAAGGCUUGUUUUCUAGACAAUCUCAAUAAUUAUGAGCUUCCAUCGCCAGUAGUGAAAUAGCUUAGUCCACGUUCUACAGAACGGCCGCCUUUCUGUUUAUUUCCUCAACGCUACCAGUGAUCCUCUUUGAUCUCAGUUAUGCGUAGAUAUACACAUAUUUAUUUAACGUAAGCGUCGACAAAUCGUAUUAUGUUGCGCUUUGAGACAAUCCUCGAUGCAUCCGCUUCAAGCCCUGAUCAGUCAGAAACAGUCUUCCAUGUAUAUACGCAAUAUUAUGAAGAUCUUAAAGUUGGCAUUGUAAAGCAGUUUUCACUUUGCAUACUUUCCUGCGUCAGGCACGGUAAUUCUGCCGAUAGCACAAUGACGCCUGAGUACUUCUCUGGGCCUUGGACUAUUCGUUCCAAACAUUACUGCGCAAUUGCAGGACAAAUAUCCCGCGUACAGCAUAUAUGAGAUAAACCGUUGCUCAAGACUCUUAGCAAUAAAUGAAAGAAGCGUAGCAUCGAGGAUUAAAUUCCCUUCAGUGCACCAUGGUCUCCUCCAUGCAUGAACAUUCUCAAGGCGGUGUAACGCGCAUCUCAAGCAGGACAUUUCCUUGUCUGCCACGUAUUGUACUUUGUUUUCAACGCCGGCACAACAAAACGCCCCUUAAAUCAUUCCUCCACAUAGAAGCGUUACGGGGCGCUCAGUAACUGCAUAAUCACGCACUAAGUGAGAGUCGCUAGCAAGCACCGACGACAGCUACGUAAGACAGAGACGCUGAUGUGUCGAGCUUCCUUCGAGCGGCAUUUACGCCGUAGCCGCGCAUUGGUUGGCCCGCACGCAUGUGCGGCCCAACCACUUCUCAUUUAUGCCUCGCAGCACAAUCAUCAGCGCCUCGCGCGGCGCCAAAGUGGUUAAAAUUGCAUUCUCAAUCAAGCGAUAGCCCGUAGGAACACAUGCAGUCUAUCUUUGCAUAGAUAUCUUCGCAUGUGCCCGCGGGAUGUUUGUUACGUCGCAUGCGAGCCGUUUCCUUGCUUAUCGUAUGUUUGUGCGCACCUGAGUGUACAUACUCAGUUGGUUGUAAGCUGAAAUUCGCGUGCUGUGUUGGACUAACCCGGUGGUGAAUGCGUCGUAUUUGUCUUUUCCGUUGUGCUUCACAGCUUUAAGGACGAGGCAAAGUAUCCAGGGCCAGCACACGUCAUACGGUUUACCGCCAGCUCGUUUGAAUGCCACAUCUGGAUGCAAACAAGCUAUUCAUGCUAAAUAUGCAUGACUUAGAAAGAAAAGCCCGCAUUGCUUCACAUCUACAUGCAACACAUACAGAAUAGUGCUUACGAAGUGCGGUUGCAUUAGGUCUGCCGAAAAUCUACUUGAUAUAGCUUUACAUUUUUGUUUCUUGACACAUUCUCAGUGCCAACUAAUUUAUCGCCAACCUGAACGCAAAUAGAAAAAAAUAUUUGAAGAGAUUCCGCAUUCAACUUUCUCCGUUGGCGAAGAAAAUUAAGUCGGCACGUCACGUAGAACGUCUGUUUUUCGCCGCACUGACUGUGCUUUAGUCCCUACGAUGUGCGAUGAAUACCCUUGCAUUAUACUGAAGAUUUGUGUGAUCCUACCCUUCCAGCAUAUCACGAUGCUAAUGGUAUGUGUCUGUUUCGCUCGAUAUUACUGCACAAAGGUGUAAAAGCAGUCUUUACGAACGAAACCGUCGUGUUAUGGCCGCUGCUUUAAGGCGAGCAAUCUGUUCGUGCCGCAUGCAUGCGCUGUUGGUCGUUAUAUAAUGUUUCAAACCAAAGGAACAAUGUGGUCCUCUCAUAAGAGUCAAGCUUUAUUCACCACAAUGGACAAACAUUCCCCGUAUUCUAUGUACAUCACGUGUGCGUCUUGAGUCGGUGUACGUCUCUGGCGCUGCCGAGUGAAAACAUUUGUCGUGAGCGUUUUCGUGAGUGGCAACAGUUCUGCGGCACAUUUCGAGCCGUACCGAAAUGCAGCUGUUGACGCAUGCGCGUAAGCCGCAUCUUCCCGCCUGCCUAAUCGGAUAUUUGAGAAAUCAAGGCGUUGCGUGCGUACGUGUUCGGUGAACAACUCUUCUCGAAGCAAGUACAAACGGCGAAUGCUGUAAAUUAGAGCCAUAUGCAGCACUACAAUGCACAUAACUUCCGGCAAAAUGCACGUAGAAGAGAAUAAUAUCGGACAAGCGGCGACGUCCAAACGUUGCUUAUGCGUGCUUCUAAUAACCAACCAACUGCUCAAAUAGCAGUGCCCACACAUGACGUUCCUUGAAGUCCGCACUACACUAUCGGUGAAAUAGAAGUCGCGUCCGUGCAGAACCCGAGCUUGAUAAUCUUUUAACCAGUGACAUGAGUGAGGCCAGCUAUAAUGUUUACAAUUAGUACAUAAAAUAUCUUAAACCCGUUUCAGUCAAAGCUUAGCAGCUUUAGAUAGCGUCAACACAAUUGCAGCAUGUUCGGCUUCAUUAAAGCACGACUUGCAACGAAAGUUUCUUUUCCUUUGUGGUCACCGUUAAUCAAGGUACAGCUUAAGUGUCGCAUGCAUAGGCGUUAAGCAGAAUAGCGGUCCCAACAGGCAACAAAUAUAUUGAGUUUAUUUCAAAGUUGUAAGCAAGAGCCAGCUGGGAUCAAUGUAACAUCCGUGAAGAUCAAAAGACAGGGGGAAAACGGUAAAAGCUACUAGCAUUGUUUGGUCACGUGGUGGGUCGCCGUACUUGAAGGUAUUAAACUACGUGCAACCAAAAUCCGCUAGCAUCAUUGCUGGCGUAAGUACACACGCAGGUUCUCAUCAAGAUGUCACUGCGCAUGCGUCGACGACUGUGCGGGUGUGUGGCGAACGGUCUUGCUGCAAUGGUAGCACGAGCAACUGGUUCGAGAGAAACAGUGCGCACUCGAUGGGUGGACCCUUUUGAAAACUGCAGGCUGACUUUCCCGCAACGCACCACUGCGGUCAACGUGUUGUAAAAAUUACCAUUAAUGUGCAGCUAGUGCGCGUUUCCUUCUUUUCCUGACCGCUGCAUUUACCGUGCAAGGAAUGACAAACUACCGGGAACCUAAAGUGAAACGAGACAAAACUACUAUAUGAAUUUAGGCUCGUAAUUUGUCCUGUAAGAACUCCACGCCACAGCGAAAAAAUGAAGAAAAAAGGAAAGCAGGGGGGAGGGGGAGGGCAGACUGCUUGUUACGGGUAAAAGGUAAUACAUAUGCUUCUAAAUUUCGAUCUGAAACCAGGUUUCUGGCUAUGUUAUCGUGACUUCGUCGAUUCGAAGAAAAUUUUCCCAAUUUGGCGCAAUAAACGUGAAGAGCUUCUAGGUUGCCCCUCUUUUUUCUCUCUCUCCCUUUUAAACCUUAUAUUAUUUGCAAAUUCAAUGUAAUAAUUUCGUGUAAUUCAACAGUUAGCCGGCCUCGACUGAAUGUCGCAUAGCUACAAGGAGCUAAUGCGGGAAGAAGCUGUCUUUCGUCCUGGCGUCUUUUCUGCCACACUGGCGGUAAGACAUAAGCUCCGGUGGCUAUCUGUAAUUCAAUCAAUCCAGCAUCACUUACUAUUUCUCUUUACUGUCCCAUUGAAAGUCUUCAAAGGGGUCUGCCGCUUCGCUUAGUGUGACAGUGUCUCUGAAGAUUAAAAAAAAGAAAUAAACAACUAAUAGCUAUAUGUUGUAAAGCCUUCCACCCGCAGCUUCCCAACCUUUGUUCUCCUUAGUCGAGGGGAGCCGCUAGCGAGCUUCCACCGCGGUGCGGGAAAACUUGCAAGCCGGUGCCUCUCCCACCGUAGUGAGCAAUAAAACAGCAUUGGCUUCAACAAUCCGCUGUCCUGCAGCGAUGCAGACGCUGCGCAGUUGGGAGUCAGUGAGAGAGAAAAAAAAACACAGCCCUGAAUGAUAAGCAUGUUAUGUAAUGGAGCCAUUGUUGGUGUUUUUCGGCUCCCUUUGUCCGUGUGCGUCUGCCUCUGGAUGUAUAGUACCCUGUUAAUGUAGGUUAUACGCUGACACAUCACCCACUGAACCCUGCAUAAGUAAAAUUUCCUGGGGAAAGGUGAAGACAAGAAAAGGCAGCUGUAUAUUGAUUGUGCACGUGUGCGUUUGUGGUGUUUCCGUGUGUUUUUUCCUCCCGAUUAACACAAAGAACAACAAAUAUCCGUGUAUGUGAAAACACAACGUUGGGAGAAAUAGAAGACGUGAAUAUCACGGAAAACAUCGCUGUAUUUGAAUUGAAACGAUGCUUGUCGGCAAUAAAUGUCCAGUCUAGACGCUGUGAUACCGUA